UAGACAAAGAUGGCAUCAAGCAGUACAAGCAGCGAGGAGGAGCGCAGCCUCCGAGAGUGUGAGCUGUAUGUUCAGAAACACAACAUCCAGCAGCUGCUUAAGAACUGCAUCAUCCAGCUGUGCACAGCCCAGCCCGACCGGCCCAUGGCCUUUCUCAGAGACUACUUCCAAAGACUGGAGAAGGAGGAGGCGCAGCAGAUGGCUGUGCAGCAGAAGUCGAGCUUGCGGUCAGACUCCCGUGAGGAUGAAGUUUCUCCACCCAUUAACCCUGUGGUGAGGGGUCGGAGCCGGAGAGGAGCCAUCAGUGCUGAGGUGUACACUGAGGAAGAUGCUACCUCCUAUGUCAGGAAGGUCAUCCCAAAAGACUACAAGAGCAUGGCUGCCCUGGCCAAAGCUAUGGAGAAGAACGUGCUGUUUGCCCACUUGGAUGACAAUGAGAGGAGUGACAUUUUUGAUGCCAUGUUUUCUGUCAACUACAUUGCUGGAGAGACAGUCAUCCAACAAGGUGACGAGGGAGACAACUUCUACGUUAUUGACCAGGGAGAGAUGGAUGUGUAUGUGAACAAUGAAUGGGUGACCAGCAUCGGUGAGGGAGGCAGUUUUGGGGAGCUGGCUCUGAUCUAUGGUACCCCUCGUGCAGCUACAGUCCGGGCCAAGUCUGACGUCAAGCUGUGGGGCAUCGACAGAGACAGCUACAGGAGGAUACUGAUGGGAAGCACUUUGAGAAAACGCAAGAUGUAUGAGGAGUUCCUCAGCAAGGUGUCCAUACUAGAGUCUCUGGAUAAGUGGGAGCGUCUGACGGUGGCGGAUGCUUUGGAGACUGUGCAGUUUGAGGACAGCCAGAAAAUUGUGGUGCAGGGAGAGCCUGGUGAUGAGUUCUUCAUCAUCUUGGAGGGGACAGCUGCAGUGCUGCAGAGGCGGUCAGAGGACGAGGAGUUCGUGGAAGUCGGCAGACUGGGACCCUCAGAUUACUUUGGUGAGAUCGCCCUUUUGAUGAACCGGCCGCGUGCUGCCACUGUUGUCGCGCACGGACCCCUCAAGUGUGUCAAACUGGACCGGCCGCGGUUCGAGCGUGUCCUGGGUCCUUGCUCUGACAUCCUUAAGAGAAACAUCGAGCAGUACAACAGCUUUGUUUCCCUCUCUGUCUGAGCCUUUCAGCACUCAGACUCUGCUUUCCUCUAAUGCAGCACACACCAACACACCUCUGCUUUAGUUUCCUAAUCUCUGUGACACAUCAUCACACCCUCUUUACCCUCACAAGCUCACUUCAACCAAUCUGUUACUCUUCUUAUUUGUGUUAUAUUUUGUUUGUGUUCUCAGGAGAUGGGAUUUGUUUUCUGUGGAGGUUUUGAGCUUCAGCUGAAGCUGUAAUCUCUAUACCAAAUAGGUGUUUUGCCUACAUAUUGGAAGUGUUGCUGAAAUUACAGUAAGAAUGACUAAGUAUGCAUUCACACUGCUCACUGUGAGGUCAGAGGUCAGUUAGAGGGACUGAUAGCUGAUGAAAACAGGACAUUUAAAGAUAGUAUCAAAUCAAGUCUUUGCACCUGUAGAACACAUUAAAAAAUGCUGAUAAAAGUUCAAAACAGUUUAAUCAUUAAAAUAGGUUUUUUUUAUAAAAAAUACACAGAAUUAAGUAAUCUACAAAUAAUAUAAAGCAUUAUUUUUAAUGCAUCCUAUGUAAUUGGUGUAACUGUAAUUUUAAAAAAUACAAAGAUUUUUGUUAUCAUUACUACCGCAUUAAAAUAUCACAAAAUGAAAAGUCGCCUUGAAAUUAAAUAUUUGUGGCCACAGCAAUCACAAAAAUGACGCACAAAAUCCUGGAGGGGCUGUAGCAUGCUCGCUAAUCACACAUUGGAUGAUAUAAUUACAACGUCACUAUAAGACGUGGAGAUGAAAUAGCUGAAAAAAUGAGUCACAUUAAGACAGGAGAUAAAAGCCUGGAUACCUGGAUUUUUUAAGCUAACAGAAUAUGCUAACUUUCAUAUUAACAUUUGUGUUUUAAGCAGUAAUGUCCAAGAGUUCUCAAUUGUUUAAGAAUUUUUGAAAUUUUUAAUUUACUGUGGAGGCAUGUGAGAUAAAGUUUUCAUCCUGAACUUAACAUAACAUGGGGUGAGUUGUUUAUGCACAAAUGAUCAUUUGGAGGUGAAGUAUUCCUUAAAUUGUUCCACAAUUUCAUGAGGGGAACAACUAAAAAUGGCCGACUCAAAUGUUUUCAUAUUGUCAGUUCCACAGUAUUAGGUCAAAAACUGUGUGAAUGCUCAGUUAGUCCCAGAGUUUGCUGUGGAGAUCUUCAGUGUUCACUAAGAUGCUGAACAGAUGGUUAUGUGCUGACUGAGCAGGCUUUGUUUCUGUUUAUUUGUUGAUAUGUUUCGGCCAUGCUAGCAGCGGCGUUCUAGGGAUGGUAGUGCUGCUCCGUUGGUCGACUGCUUUAAUUCAGACUGGAACUAUUAGAUAUUAGAGCCAUUCAUGUUCCCCUGAGGAUGACUCCUAAUUACACUGAUGAUCUGCUGACUUUUCCUCUAGUACCCUCAGGUCAGAAUUUAAAGUUGUCCUGCACUUUGAUCUGUGACUCAACACCUGCAAAAUAUCAUCCCCAGCUGUGCCUGCUAUUUAGCGAGUGUUAGCAUGUUAACCUACUAAACUAAGAUAGUAUACAUCUGUUGUGACAGACAUGUGACCAUUGUCACUGUCAGCGUUGGCAUGCUGGUGUCACGCUGUAGCUAAAAGGCCACUGUGCCAGAGUACAGCCUGUCAGCUGGUGUGGCUGCAGUCUUGCUUUUGUUUAGUUUUAGUAUUUGUUGUCUCGGUGCACCUUGUAGACACACAUUUCUUAAGGAUGCCUUGACAUUGAGAAACUUGCGUUUCCUGCUUUGUGUUAGAGUUUGACAGAAGCACAGGUACCAGUCAUGCAUGCAAAGUAAUAGCAUGUUUUUAUCCAGUAAGAGCAAUGAGAAAGCAAAUCAAAUCAAAAAUAAGCUUUUUUUUUUUCAGUUAAACGUACCUAUUACUAGUUUUAACUUGGGCCUUCAAUUUGAGAAGUUCAGGCUUUGAGAUUGCCUCUUCAAUGUGAUUUCAUUCAGUGAAUGAAAAACUCAGUUUCAGUAACAUUUUCUCUUCUUUUUCCCUAAAUGAAAUGAAAUAUUUCUAGGUGAGGUUUGUCACAAUUAGUUGUCAGUCUUUGUCGUCCAGGUAUCCCUUUAACUCUGCUGAUAUCAUCUGAUCUAUUUACAGCUCAGCUAAAAAUUGAUAUAUUAAGAGUGAAAGAUUUUUAUAAACGGAACAAUAAAAUCAAGAAGAAAAUGUUUGCCAUAAGCUGAUAAGUUCAUUGUUUCUUAGACGUCUGAUUCCAUUACUGAAAGGGAGCGCAGGUCAAUACUUGGUGAUUAACAUGUAGAGUCUCCAAAGAAGAGACUGAUUUGUGGAGUUGUACCUGACUCGGAAUCAUGCCAGUUGAAUCAGAUUUUGCCAUUAAAUACGAAUAAUCCACUAUUUGUUUUGUUUUAAAUAUAUAAAGUCUGAAAGUUUGAACGGGAUCAGUGGCAUUCACAUAGUGUAGUAAAUAAGCUAAUGGUGCUAACGAUGGAUUGGCAAUGUGCAACAACAUUUUUUGCCGACCCUAUAUAUGAAACAAAAGUCAGCUGUAAAUUCACCACUUUUCAGCAGAAGUGAGAAGAUCGUGUUGUCUCAGAGCCUUACGAUGCAGACUGUCUCCUCCUCUGUGUGAGUGCCUGCAUGUGCGCAGCUCCCUGUAUCAAAGAGCAGCGUGAGUCAAGAACGCUCACUCUGCAGCAAAAUCUGUAGAAGUGAACUGCCCAGCACACUGCUCGAUGGACUCCGACUCAUGAUUAGGAUCUCCAUUUUUCAAGGGGCAGCCAUGCUGAUUUACUCCUUAUCAUAAACAUUUUACAAAUCCUGUAAUUGCACUGCUUAAACCAGUAUUGUCUUAAAGAUGUCCUCCAGGGCUUUAGCAUUACACUCCCAUGAAGUGAGAGACAUUUUUAAAACACUUGUGAUAAUCAAAGCAGCUGAGGCAGAGCUAUCCUCACUCUUUAGUGCCAAGUUUAUGCCAAGCUCUUAAAACAGACCGGAUCCUAUGUUUCCCAUAAUGAAACUCGGUAUUAUCUUUUGUUUGAACCACGUGUGCCUCUUAAAUGCCCACGGCUUUUGAAACUCAACAUACUCUUAGGAACAUGAACCUAUUUUUCUACAAAAAGCUUUGGAAUGAAGCCAGAGCUGAAUGUUCACAUGGUCUGAACAGAAGCAGCCUAAUGUUCGCCUGGAAUUUAAAAGUUUCCUUCAAUCAGGAACUAUCUGCUCAGUGAAUAAAUGACCAGAUAGUGCCAAAUUUAGGUACCUGACAGAUUACGAUACACUAUUCAGUUGGUACCAAAAAGGUACUGAGGUUCAGUUCCUAAAAUAAAAUAAUGUACAGGUGGUUCACUGUGUUUGAUGUACACUAUGUGAGUCAGAGUGUGACAUGCCCUUCUUACCUUCUCUCACUAUGUCAUUACUGCUUGUAGUUUUUUUAUUUUUAUUUGUUUGAUAUAUAUUCUGAUAAACACCCAGUGUAAAAUGUCUUAAUGUCUUAAAGAUGUCUUAAUUCAGUAUUGUUGCAUCACACGUUUGCUGUGCGUUAUCAUUUUGACUUGGUACUGUAUUUUAUUUUAUUUUUUAACCUUGAUCACUUAUGUCCUCUGACUUUACAGUAUUUCACACUCACUAGAUGGUUAAAACCUGGACUGUGGAUUAUUUUCACACUUAGUUCCACAGAAAGAAGUCUGCAGUGAGGCACCACUGAGUCUCUCUAGAGGACUCUUCUUUUCUAUUGUUUGUGUGCCUCUGUUCAGACCGACUGCACGGAUUAUUUGGAUUUCUCCGCAGGACGUCUUUACAGCAGAUGAAGCAAUAAAGAGAUCAGUGUUUA